UAACUUUCCCUUUCAUUACAUUGCGUUUUCUUCUCUUCUUCUACAUAUUAUUACCUGUGUCUCUGUUCUUGAAGCUGAAGUUUUACCUUACAGUCUCUCCUUUUUCAAAAGUCGAGCUAAAUGGAUCUGAAGCUAUGGGAGGUCAUCUGAGCAAGAAAUUACCAGCAGAAAUUGCUGCUUCUUCUUCUUCUUCCACUAUUGUUAAUCUCAACAACAAUUUACAAUACGCAACUGAAUUAAGCUUUUAUGAAGCAGCUUGCAGGCUCGAUAAAGACUUACAAACAUUUGAUACAAGUCUUCAAGUCCGUACAAAUCAGGUCAUCAAUACUCUUGCUGUUGGUGUUGAGGUUAGAGCUCUUUCUUUUGAUUCUUUAAAAGAAGUAACAGAAUGUCUAUUAGAAAUGAAUCAAGAAGUUGUUAAAGUGAUCUUGGAAUGCAAGAAGGACAUAUGGAAAAAUCAAGAAUUGUUUGAGCUUGUUGAAGAAUAUUUUGAGAAUAGUUUGCAGACUUUGGAUUUCUGUACUGCAUUGGAGAAAUGCUUAAAGCGUGCUCGCGAUAGCCAGUUGUUUAUUCUUGUCGCGCUUCAACAAUUCGAAGAAGAAAGUGUAAAUGGAGGAAAUAGGUUUGGUAAGACAUUGGAAGGAUUAAAGAAUUUUAAGUCUGCAGGAGAUCCUUUCACUGAGGACUUCUUCCAGCUUUUUCAGUCAGUUUACAGGCAACAAAUACUAAUGCUUGAGAAACUGCAGUCAAGAAAGAACAAAUUGGAUAAGAAACUUAAGUACAUCCAUGCUUGGAGAAAAGUUUCAAGCAUAAUAUUUGUUGCUACUUUUGCUGCUGUUUUAAUCUGUUCAGUUGUUGCAGCAGCCAUGGCAGCGCCUCCUGUAGCUGCUGCUUUGGCUGCUGCAACGUCGAUCCCAUUAGGCUCGAUGGGCAAAUGGAUCGACUCGCUAUGGAAGAAUUAUGAAAAUGCAUUGAAAGGGCAAAAGGAAUUAACGAGUACAAUGCAAGUGGGUACUUAUGUUGCCAUUAAAGAUUUGGAUAAUAUUCGAUUGUUAAUCGAUCGAUUGGAGAUAGAUAUUGAAGGAUUAAUGGUAAAUGCAGAAUUUGCAAUUGAAGAAGAAGCUGUGAGAAUUGCAAUAGAGGAGAUUAAGAAGAAAUUGGAAGUGUUUAUGAAACAUGUUGAAGAUUUAGGAGUACAAGCUGAUAAUUGCAGCCGCGAUAUUAGAAGAGCAAGAACUGUGGUUUUGCAAAGGAUAAUUAAACAUCCCAAUAACUAAUUAAUUUAAGGGUUUUAGUAAUUAAUUUUUUCAUUUUAUUUUAUUUUCCAUUUUGGGAUAUAUGAUUAUUGUUUCAUUAAUGGUUGUUAAUUAGUACUGCACAUGAUUUGUGUUAAAAGUUUAAUUUCUUUCUUGACUAUGAAUUUCAUGUUCAACUUCGAUUUUAGGGAA